AUGGAGAUGCUGGACUUCAGUAAUUAUACCGGGAAGUUGAAUGAAACUUUGUCUGAAAGUAUUGUGCCUCCGAUUUUACAAGGUUCUUUCGGAAUUUUUGGAAAUCUUCUUGCUCUUAUCCUACUUUUUUAUUACUCCAAAUCGCAUAGAUGGGGAGAAUUUUAUAAAUAUGUGUUUGCUCUGGCUAUAACAGAUUUGUGUGGAUUGUUAUUUCACUACCCCGUAGCCAUAACUAGAUAUGCGUCUAAUUUUGAAUUCGAGUUUCCUGAAAAAUUUUGCUACUUUGACGUCUUCUUGUUUUCAUUUUCAUUUCUAUCAUCCGCCAUGAUAGUAUGUGCAAUGUCUUGUGACCGUUUAUUUGCGGUAAGAUACCCAAUUACCUACAGACAUGGAAAUCAUAAAACUAAGCGGGUACUAAUGGCGAUUUGGGUAUUUUCGGCAAUGAUUGCUUCGUUUCCAUUGCUUGGAUUUGGAUCCGUUAAAAUUUACUAUCCAGGAACUUGGUGUUUUAUCAAUUUUGCAAGCCGGCGUUGUUUGGAUAGAAUCAACACGUACGUUUACUCAAGUCUGUGUUUAUUAAUUCUUUUAAUUACUGUUAUAGCGAACACAGCUGUUAUUUACUCAGUUUGUAAAUAUGACAAACAAGAUGGCAUAUUAUCGAAUGAUUUCGAAAGGAGGAAAAGGAAGAAUGAUGAAACAUACAUAGUAACGUUGAUGCUGUCCAUUGUUAUUGUCUUCAGCGUUUGCUGGAUACCAUUAGUGAUUCGAAUGAUGAUAAAUGCUAGUGCAAAGGAUCCUAAGAAUGGACCAGAGGAACUCCUAGCUGUACGAAUGACCAUCUCCAACGCCAUUAUAGACCCUUGGAUCUAUAUCAUUUUACGAAAAGAGAAUUUAGUUAAAAUAUCGCGUUUGGUUAAAAGAAUUUCUAGUGGUAAACAUUUACCUGCAAUAUUUAUUACUACAGAAUCCCAAGAAUUAGGCGACGGAUCAAAAACAACAGAGAAUGUUUCGGAGACAACGACUGUUACAGCCUCCACACAAAUUUAAGAAUACUGUCUUCUGAAUUUUCAGCAUCAAAUUGAACUGAUUGGCUGUGUUAAUUUGAUUUGCAUAUUAAGUCUGUCCAAUGUAAAUCCGUUUUAUUCAUAAAUUUCUAU